AUGGCGGUAGGGGACUACCUGGCGACGGUGGCAACGGAGCUGGCGAUGCCAGUGAGCCUGGCGGUGGCGGACUGCCUCGUGCUGGUGGCGUCGGUGCCCAACGAGAUCGUGAGCUACUACCUGGUGGGCAACCAGUGGCUGUGGGGCGACGUCGGCUGCGCCGCCUUCGUCUUCUGCCAGAACCUCGGCAUCAACGCCAGCGCGCUCAGCCUGGUCGCCUUCACCGUGGAGCGCUACAUCGCCAUCUGCAGGCCUCUGCGCGCGCACGCGCUGUGCUCGGUGUCGCGGGCGCAGCGCAUCUCGCUGCUGGCGUGGGCGCUGGCGGCCGCCUACAGCUCGCCCUGGCUGGCGCUCGCGUCGACGCGCCCGCUGCGCUACCGCGGCCUGCCCGACCUCCGCGCCUGCGACUUCCGGCUGCCGCGCGCCCACUACCUGCUCUACUUCUUCUGCGACCUGCUCGCCUUCUACGUGGCGCCGCUGCUGCUCUCCUGCGUGCUGUACGCGCUCAUCGCGCGCGCCCUCUUCCGCCGCGGCGCCGCCACCUUGCGGAGGACAGCCACGGCGAAGUUUAACUUUGAACAGACCAAGGAGCUGUGCUGGGCGAACGGCUUCUGGGAUUCUGUCAUCAAAGAGGCAGUGUAG